GUCCUGACUUGACAGUUUCUAGUCAAUAGACAGAGAGAGAUGAACCACACAGUGAUCACAGAGUUCAUCCUCAUAGGUCUUUCUGAUAACCCUGACCUUCAGAUUAUGAUUUUCCUCUUUUUAUUUGUCACAUAUGUUUUAAGUGUCACUGGAAACCUGACCAUCAUCAUCCUCACCUUGGUGGACUCCCAUCUGCAGACACCUAUGUAUUUUUUCCUCCGGAAUUUCUCUUUCUUGGAAAUCUCAUUUACAACUGUAUGUAUUCCCAGGUUUCUGGGGGCAAUUAUUACCAGGGAUAAGACCAUUUCCUAUGACAACUGUGCAGCUCAACUCUUCUUUUUUAUCUUCAUGGGGGUGACUGAGUUUUACAUUCUGACUGCCAUGUCCUAUGACCGCUAUGUUGCCAUCUGUAAACCUCUUCAUUACACAACCAUCAUGAACAAGAAACUCUGCACCCUGCUUGUGCUAUGUGCCUGGCUGGGUGGGUUUCUGACCAUUUUCCCACCCCUAAUGCUUCUCCUCCAGCUGGAUUACUGUGCUUCCAAUAUCAUUGAUCAUUUUGCAUGCGACUAUUUUCCACUCUUACAACUGUCUUGCUCAGAUACAUGGCUCCUAGAAGUAAUUGGCUUUUACUUUGCUUUGGUUACUUUGUUAUUCACUUUAGCACUAGUGAUUUUAUCUUAUAUGUACAUUAUCAGGACUAUUUUGAGAAUUCCAUCUGCUAGUCAGAGAAAAAAGGCUUUCUCCACCUGUUCCUCUCACAUAAUUGUUAUUUCUAUUUCUUAUGGAAGCUGCAUAUUCAUGUAUGCUAAUCCCUCUGCAAAAGAAAAGGCAUCAUUGACAAAAGGAGUAGCUAUUCUUAACACUUCUAUUGCCCCUAUGCUGAACCCCUUCAUUUAUUCCCUGAGGAAUCAGCAGGUAAAACAAGCCUUCAAAGACAUGGUCCAUAAAGUAGUAUUUUUUGCAAAUAAGUGA